AAUAAUAUCCUUGUUAAAGACGCGCAGACGGUGAAAGCAAUAUGGCGGAGAAAAAUGAUCGUCUGAACUGUAGUAUUUGUUUAAACGACUUCAAGAAGCCUAAAAUCUUAGACUGUUUUCAUUCAUUUUGCGAGAGUUGUCUAAGUGAUUAUGUCAGAAAAUAUGAAGAAAAUGGCGAAUUUAUGUGUCCGUUGUGUAGACGUACUAUUCUAAUCCCCACUGGUGGGGUGAAGGACUUGGCUUCUAAUGUUUACAUUGAAGAAAGACAAAGCGUCCAUCAACCUAAAAGUAACCCACCAUGUAAUAUUUGUGAUAAGGAUAUCCAGUCACAAUUCCGCUGUAAGGAUUGUGACAAAUUCCUGUGUGAUUCGUGUAAAACUACUCAUGAUUUGUUUGUAAGCGGCUUGAAUCAUUACGUCAUAUCACUUGCCGAAGAUGACACGAAUGACGUCAAACCUUUGCGCCAUGUCAUUUGUCAACAUCACCAGAAGAAGAAUGCAGUUUAUUGUUCAGACUGUUCCAAAGUAAUUUGUUCAAAAUGUUCAAAGAAAGAACACGAACAUCAUAUAAUAAUAAACAGUGAGGACACUGAUCAAGUUAUUAAAGCGGCUAAAGCAAGUCUCGAGAAACUAAAGAAGGACAUAGACCACCAGAUACAACGGUUAUCUGAUUGCCGAGAUGUGGUGAAAACAUCAUCGUCUAACCUCCACGAAGCAAUAACAACAGCCUGUAAGUUGGUAGAUGAGCAAGUUGCGACUAUUUGUGAAACAGUAAAAUAUCAUGGUGAAGAAAUCAAACACGACAUCAAGAAAUCAGAGUUUAAUGAACAUAAGCUCUACCAGAUGCACGAAGAACUCGUUACCAUAAUCGAUGAAUUGAAAACAGGUAAUGCCGAAUUAUCUGACGAUCUGACGAACGGUGAUUCUGUGGAUUUAUUAGAUGGGUUCCCUGAUCUUAGAAACAGAUUAACGGUUAUAGAAAAGAAACCGUUUUAUAUUCCAGAGUUUCAGAUACCAGGUGUGAAGUUGGGUGAUGUUGAUGAGGUGUUACGUAAUACAAUAGGACAGAUCUUAAGCUACGAAGUCUGAAUUUAGGUGAUGUAUACCGUCAGGUAUUACGUAACAUAAUAGGACAGAUAAAAAGGAUUUCGAAAAACCAGAUGAAAACGGCGAAUACAAAUGGGAAUAUAUCCACCCACAGCUAGCAAUAAUAGUAAAACCUCCAUGAGUACUGAACAGUAACUAUUUAGGGUCAAAUUCUUGAUUUAUUAAAUAGUAAUCCAUUGUUUAAGCUUCCCUCCCGCCACACCCUGUUUUAUUUCAUUUUCAUUUCGGAUGGUGGGACCCUUUUUUUUUACCUUACCUUUGCUUUAGGUUCUGUCAAUCAAAUUGAGUAUUGAAUUUUUUUUGGAAAAUUAUUUAUUUAAAUAAUGCUUGAUAUUGUUCAUAUGUGCUUACUGAAUAAAUGACCUUUCAACAA